UUUUUUCAUACUCCUAAUUCAUCGACUCCGAAGUUCCGCGUCAGUAGAACUUCAGGUAACGCUAAAAGUUUCACCGCGUGUACAUUGACAAAUCCGAUUUGGUUUAUAAAAACCAGACUACAGCUGGACCAUCGGUCACAAAAAGUCACAGCGAUAGAAUGCAUGCGGAGGAUAUAUCGACAAUCGGGUAUCCUGGGAUUCUACAAAGGUAUCGUGGCAUCCUACAUAGGCAUAAGUGAGACUGUGAUACACUUUGUGAUAUAUGAAGCUGUGAAGGCGUGGCUAGCUACACAUAGAUCGCGUGCUUCUCAAACAGAUGACAGGAAGAAUAUUAUAAACUAUUUUUUGGAAUAUAUUAUUUGGAUUUAUGGAACAUAUUCUUUUUCCUAUUUAGAAGUCGCAAGAACCCGGUUGCGGGAAGAAGGUACCAAGUAUCGCACAUUCUGGCAAACCUUGAAUACUGUAUGGACGGAAGAGGGCACAAAGGGUCUCUAUCGAGGCCUUGGCACUCAGCUGAUUCGGCAGAUUCCGAACACCGCUAUUAUAAUGGCAACGUAUGAAGCUGUAGUAUAUAUACUGACCCGACACUUCCGGCCGGUUACGGUGGCGACAUCCAGCACUGAUGUGACAUCGGAAUUCUAUAACGAAGCUAAAGCGAAGAGAGAGCUGGCCUAGGAUUUGCUUACGGCCCCCGAGUAAAGGGCCACCUAUCAACCAUUUCCCCUUCUCCAGUAGGCGAAUACUGCACGUAUUCGGGACAGCAUCCUAAGAUCUAAUCGCACAUCUAGGCACAUCGAGAGCAGCUGGAAACGCGUUCGAUGCCCUAAUCAUUGCUCCAGGGGUACUCAAAAAGGUACCAGCUCUUUGGUCGCACUGUGCUCUAAAAGUAUAGCAAAAAGUAGUCCUUCCUCCUUUCAGAUAGCAUGUACAUAUCCAGACACGGACCCGCUGUAUCUCGCAGGGAGAGAAAAGGGGAAUUGAGGAAAGCAGAUUUUAUUUAACGUCGGAUAGACAAAGGCUGAGACUUCGCUUCUCGUUCGCGAAAAUGUGUACGU